AUAGAAGUAUGAGGAGCAGUGCUAAUGGAUCUAUAAGCCCAUUGCUACUGGUGUUCUGCUGCUUGUUUUAUAGAUUGAGGCGAAAUGGAAUAAUCAUUACUUUUUAAAAAUAUAAUUUAAAUACAAUACAGUAUAACUUAAAAACAAAUUUUACGAAUUUUCUAAAAAAAUCUGCCUUUAAAUAAUUUAAAAAAUACCUUUUAAACUAUACAGAAUUCCAGAAAGUUGCUUCUUCAAUCGGGAAAAAUGAAAUAAUUGUUUUAAUAAUGUAAAACUGUAAAAGCCUCAUAUAAAAAUUCAUUCAAAUAAAAUUUAAAAAGGAAAAAGAAAAGUUAAAUUUACUCGCGCGGUCUCGUAGAAUAAAAAUUCUUCUUAAGUAAUAAUUAAACAAGGAAAAAUGGAAAAUUAGAUACGAUAUCAAUCAGGCGUGUUUGUGUCCUUCAUAAAACCAAAACUUUGUGCCGGAAUCAACCUAAAUCUAAAUGGAUUGUGCUACAUUUGUACGAAACAUAACCUUGUGUAAAGGUAAUGUGUACCAAUUAGAAAUACUAGCGUUCUCGUUUUCCUUUAUUUGACCUCCAAUCGACAUUUCUGUAAUGGCGAACAUGACACAGAUACGUUUUAUUUACCAGUAACGACCUACAGACAUAAUAACCCAUAAAGCAAAGGGCGACGCAAAUUAUACGCAUAGAAAAAUUUAUUUUCCCUUUUUGUUUGUAUUUAUUUAACCUUAUUAAUAACAAAAUCUGAGUAGGAAAUAAAAUAAACGUAAUUGGAAAACCGAUCCGAUUAAUUCAUUGCUAUUUAUUUUAAACGUGUAUCGCCGAUAACCCAAUUAGUGUAUGAUGCAGACCAGCAAUGCUCCCCAAACGUGUAGUGAAGCCAUCUUGUUCGGGGAUAUUCUAAAAAGUAAUAUUUUCUCUCUUCGCAAUCUCGUUCACAAUGCUAAGGAAGUCUCCGCAUGCCCGCCGAGGAUAAGAAAUUUUGAAUUUAAAAUUCUCUAACGCUAUUGGUUGGUUUUCGUGUGCUUUAUUUAUCCGCGCGACGACAUUUAACAUUUAAACAUGGAGGUACACGAGAACGAAUCGAUAAAGUUUCGACGCUACCAAUAUUUAGAACGUGGUUGCAUGGCAUCUACAACGAGCGAACAAAGGUUUUCGAUCCAAGGCCGCUACACGGAAGAAGCAUCGAGGUUCGUCCUUGAACUGAGAUGGCGACCGUGAAGACAGCGCUUUCCGACCCUGAACAAGAGCUGAUUGACAUAGUUGUGCCGAAUCGACCUUCAAAUGACCUUGGGAUUCGAGAGGAGGUGUGGUUACUCCAAAGCGUCCAAUCGUUAUGGUAUGAUGUCACACACAAAAUCCAUGACAUCACUAAACAAAUGUGGUUGUUCACAGUAACCAAAUAGUUUGUAAUAACAAGAAAAUGGAGAACGUGCAUCUUGCCGACGAAGAUGACCUGUACGGUGGUUAUAAUGAAGUUGACCCUCUUUUGGAUACCAGGACUCUUCAAGAAGAUGAAGGAUUUCAAAAAGCAGUUCGAACUAGUCAUGGUCGUCGACCGAUUGCUACAGCAAAACUUCCUGGGACUGCAAAAAUUGGAACAUCUCGAGGAGGAACAGGAUAUCAUGGACACACUUCAAUGUUGUCUUCAGCAAGUCAUACUACAACAAAUUCUCAAGAUAGUUUAGCUAGGCCAAUGACAGCUGUUAGAGGUGUUGGUUAUUCAUCAGCUGGAAAUAGAGUCCAAACUGGAAUGUUUGAUCCAUUAAAUCAAGCUAAACAUUCUGUAUCUCCUUUGCAGAUAAAAGAUGAAAAUAGUCCAGAAGAAUUACUUAAACAGUUAGAGAAGAAAGUUCAAGAAUUAAUGGAAGAGAGCUGCAGAGCUUCAAGUCGUAAUGAAAUGAAAUUGGCACUUGAAAAAGCAAAAGAAGCAUCAGCCAAGGAAAGAGCUUUAAGUAGACAAAGAGAACAACUUGUUUCAGAAGCAUCAGCAAAUAUGGAUCUUACAUUUUGUGUGAUUUUUCAUUUAUAUGUAAUUAAUUUAAUUGAAUAUACUUUUUUCAUAUUUAACUUAUUGGAAUUAAAUAUUGUAGGGCGUUUAAAGGUAAAUAUUGGAAACAUUUAUUAUAAUCAGGGUAAUUAUCCAAAAGCAAUUAAAUUUUACAGAAUGGCAUUAGACCAACUACCAAAUACUCAUAAAGAUAUGAGGAUAAAAAUAAUGAAGAAUAUUGGAUUGACUUUUGUGAAAAUGGGACAAUUCACUGAUGCUAUAACAUCAUUUGAAUAUAUAAUGGCUGAGAAACCAGAUUUUAAAACUGCUCUUCAUCUUAUUCUUUGCCAUUAUUCAUUGGGUGAUCGAGAAAAGAUGAAACAUAGUUUUUUAAAACUUCUUGAUGUAACUCUUGAUAAUGUAGAUGACGAUGAAAAAUAUUCUUCAAAUUCAGAAGAUUCUCAUUCAAAUUUGAUUAUGGAAGCAAUCAAAGAAGAUGCAUUAAGAAAGAUAGAAAGAAAAAGAAGACAAGAAGCUGAAUCUAGUAUUCUGACAGCAGCAAAAUUGAUUGCUCCCGUAAUUCUCUCAAGUGUUUCAGAAGGAUAUGAAUGGUGUGUUCAACAGAUAAAUGCAUCUUCCCAUGCAGAAUUAGCAAAUGAUCUUGAAAUUAAUAAAGCUGUGAUGUAUUUAAGGAAGAGAGAAUUUAACCAGGCAAUAGAAACAUUAAAAAUGUUUGAAAAAAAAGAAACAAAAGUAGCAAGUAUAGCUGCAACUAAUUUAUCAUUUCUUUAUUUUUUGCAAGGUGAUAAUACUCAGGCUGAUUUAUAUGCUGACCAAGCUAUUGUCUCAGAUCGUUAUAAUGCUGGAGCAUUAGUAAACAAAGGAAACACAUGCUUUAGACGUGGUGAUCUUGAGAAGGCAAAAGAAUUUUACAAAGAAUCUUUGAGUAAUGAAGCUAGUUGUAUGGAAGCAUUAUAUAACUUAGGUUUAACAAAUAAAAAACUUGGAAAUUUAGAGGAGGCAUUGGAAUGUUUUUAUAAAUUUCAUGCUAUUGUUCGAAAUCACCCACAAGUUGUGUAUGAAAUUGCUAGUGUAUAUGAAAUGCUAGAAGAUUUGGAUCAGGCAAUGGAAUGGUAUCAACAAUUAGCUACUCUUCUUCCAACUGAUCCACACUUAUUGGCUAAAAUUGGUGACAUGUGUGAAGCAGAAGGUGACAAGCAGCAAGCUUUUCAAUAUCAUUCAGAUUCAUAUAGAUAUUUUCCUUCAAAUAUUGAAAUAAUUGAAUGGUUAGGAGCAUAUCAUAUUGAUUCUCAAGUGUAUGAAAAAGCUAUAAAAUAUUUUGAAAGAGCAGCAAUUAUACAACCCUCACAAGUUAAAUGGCAACUUAUGGUUGCUAGUUGUCAUCGCAGAAGUGGAAAUUAUCAGCAUGCAUUACAGACUUAUAAACAUAUCCAUAAAAAGUUUCCUGAAAACACAGAAUGUUUGAAGUUUCUGGUCAGAUUAUGUACUGAUCUUGGCUUGCAAGAAGCAGCAGAAUAUGCUGUGAAAUUAAAAAAAGCUGAAAAAGCAAAGGAGCUUAAAGAACAGAGGGUUGCCAGCAAUACUAGUCGGCCUGGUAGUCGUCAUAGCAGUAGUAGGACUUCAAGAGAUGGUUCAGCAAGUAGUUUUAAUAGCGCUCCACCUGGAACACCACAUAGAAGCAGUUCUCGAAAUUCUCUUGCAGCAUCAGCAAGAUCAUUAGACCAUAAAUUUAUUUCAGAAGCAGAAGAACCAUUUCAGCCAGCAAGAAAAGAAAUUGAUGCAAGUUAUGAAGAUCCAUUAGGACCUCAACAAGAGCGACCUAAAACUGCAGCAAGACGCAAAGACCCUGUUGAAGAUGAAUUUGAUAAUGAAGAACUUGGUGAUGAUUUGUUACCUGUAUAAUUUUUUAAAA